AUGCUCCCUGCUGGCCUCAUUAUGCUGUCCUCAACAUCAACUCAUCGUCGGUGUCGUCUAGUGGAAGGAUUCCUGCCUCAAUCAGGAGACCCCAGUUCGAUUCUGGUGCGCCGACCAUUUUCUAGUGUUUCCACAGAGGAGGGCUGGCUGCGUUCAGGCUUAGAGCUCGAAGCAUGUCUUAACCUAAGCAUUGAGGAAAGCAGGUAUAUGUCGCCCAUCCUUACUUCCAACUGGUCUCGUAUCCCUCUCGCUAAAGGUAAGCCUGUGGACUUUGGUCCAACUCCAUCCCGGUUCGAUUCCAUGGCGCUGGCAAAAACCGGAUUGUCUGGUGGAUGGGAGAAUCAAUCCAAUAGUAAGACGCUUGUCUUUCAUCCCCCUGGUGCCCAGUCUAUAGCUCUACCUAUCGAGGUCGGACCUUUCCCAGAACGAGUGGGCGGUCAGCAGGGAGAUCCCAGUUCGAUUCUCGUGCGCAUGCGGUUAGAAGAUCGAUUGAAUGGACCAUCGAACUUUUUCCUGUCUCUUUCCCUCUCGCCUUCAUCACUAUUUCGUCGGUCUAGUAUAAUGGUAGAACGCCUGCCUGUUAUCUUCCCGAUGCAAUGCACGAUUAGAAAGCUAGCAGUGAGAUCCCAGUUCGAGUCUAUGAAGGGCGCAUGCGGAAUAGGGCAUGUCUUGCUGCUAUUUGCUUUGGAGAUUAGGCAGUUCAGCAUGACUCGUAAGGUUUUAGACAUUCCCAAUCUUUACGAAAACUGUGGCUGCCGAAAAGUUCGACAAGCCAGGACACGGGAAGGCAUUGGUCUUGUGUCGCAUCUCAGCUCAACUUCUUUUGAAGGCCGAAUUCAGGAUCUAUUAACCGUUCAUGAAAAGUCCGAGGUGAACCAAGCAUCCUGGGCCAAAUACCUCAAUACUCUUGUAAAGUCCUACCUCCAUUUUGAUGAUCCUACGGUCAGCAAGUCGCAAAGCGAUUUAUCAUAUCUAAGGAGAUGCUAG